ACCCCUCAAUUCUAAUAUUGCAAUACACAAACUUUCACUACCCAAUACCCUCAAAUCUCUAGCAAUUACACACACAAACACAAUAUAAUUUUAUCAAUAAAGAAUAUGGGUUUUUCUAAAGUCCUUACUGCAUCACUUUUUCUGUGUUUGCUGGUUGUUAAUGGAGUUCAAGCCAUCCAAACAAAUGAAGCGGCUAACAAAGUCUUGUACAAGCCCGGACCCACAAUAGAUUGUGGUGCUUUAUGUAAAGUAAGGUGUAGCUUAUCAUCAAGGCCAAAUUUGUGUAAGAGGGCUUGUGGGACCUGCUGCAGCCGGUGCAGCUGUGUGCCGCCGGGCACCUCCGGCAACUAUGGGGCUUGCCCGUGUUAUUAUAAGUUGACUACACGUGGCAACAAGCGCAAGUGCCCUUGAAUUUUUAUUUAUUAUUAGUACUUCAAAAUCUACACUUUGUGAAUUGUGAUGCUUGUUUGUUUGUGUUUUUUAUUUGCUUUUUAAGUUGGUGUAAUUAAUUACUUGUGUUGUGGCUUGUACUGUUUCCUUUGUGAUGUGUACUUUUGAGUUGUUUAUAUUGUAUGGGGGAAGGAAUAAUGGUGUCAUUUUGGAUGAUUUCCAACGUGUCACGAUCUUGUAAUCGUUCAAUUACAUAAACAUGUAUGGUAUUCUAAUCUUGUAAUCAUUCAAUUACUACUUGUGUUAAGAUAUUGUAAUCAUGACAUGUAUGGUAUUCUAAUCUUGUAAUCAUUCAAUUACUCGUUGUCAUUAAGAGUGUAA